UUCCCAUACUGCAUUGCGGUGAAUUAUGGACCAAAGUGACAAUGACCUGCAAGGCACGGACGGCUCGGGGAGUCUUGGGGGCCCUGAUGUCCGCAGACGCAUCCCCAUCAAACUCAUCUCCAAACCAACCAUCAGGAGCAAACCUGCUACCCGGACACAAAGACCCAUGGGCAGGCAGCCCUCCAAACCCCAGGCUGGGGAUGAAGAGAGUUUUAGCUUCAAGCAAGAGGAGAGGUUCGACUGUGGUACCAAGGCUGGGGAUGUGUUUGCAAGUCAACGGAGGUUCCCCCAGCAAAUGUUUUGGGACUUUAAGUUGAAUUUGAUAGGUGAAAAGGAUGACAUUCCAGCACACUUUUGUGACAAGUGUGGUCUGCCCAUAAGGAUCUAUGGACGCAUGAUUCCAUGCAAGCAUGUGUUCUGUUAUGAGUGUGCGUUGCUCCACGAGAAGAAGGGAGACAAGAUGUGCCCAGGUAUGCAGCUCUUCAGCUGCACAGACCCGGUCCAGCGCAUCGAACAGUGUCUGCGGGGCUCCCUCUACAUGUGCAGCAUUGUGAAGGGCUGCAAGCGCACCUACCUUUCCCAGCGUGACCUGCAAGCCCACAUCAACCACCGCCACAUGAGGGCAGCCAAGGCUUUGGCAAGCCGCCAGGACGCCUUGCACCUUCCCCCAUCCACAGAGGUCCCUGACCGCUUCCGUGUGCCCCCGCCUCACCUGCCCAAGACCCAAGGGCACCUCCCGCCCCCUCUCCAACACGGGGGUCAUGACCCCUACGGUCAGCCACCACCGGCUUCCCAUGAUGCACCUCCUCUUUCCCAGGAGACCUUCCGCAUUGCCACCGUAACUACACGCGCACGCAGCAACCUCAUCACCGUGCCAAUCCAGGAUGACUCCGGUUCUUCCUCCACCUCUUCCUCCCGUGACCCUCUCCCUCCUGGCCCGGGCCCUGCUCCACCCCCACACCACCACCCUGGGGACUACCCUGGUCAGCCUGUAGUGUCCCACCCACACCACAUGAUGGCACCACCGCAACAGCACUACGGCCCUCCACCUCCUCCCCCUCCACCCAUCAACCACCCCAUGCAGCACCAGCCCCAGGGCUCUGGGACACCCCACAUGGUCUACAACCAGGCUGGCCCUCCCCCGCCUAUGUCUAACGCACCCCCUCCCAUUACCCCCCCGCCAGGACACAUCAUGGGUCAGAUGCCUCCCUACAUGAACCACCCUCCUCCAGGCCCCCCACCUCAACACGGUGGUCCUCCAGUCAACGCCCCCCCUCCCCACCACUACAACCCUAACUCCAUGCAGCAGUUCCCUGAGGACCAGGGCACACUCAGUCCCCCUUUUAACCAGCAAGGGGGUCUGAGCCCUGGGAUGUGGCCUGCCCCUAGAGGGCCUCCUCCUCCAAGGAUGCAGGGCCCCCCACCUCAGGGCCAGAUGCCUGGACCCCAUCACCCCGAUCAGUCCCGCUACCGCCCUUAUUAUCAGUAAACUCUCACCUCCCCACAAAGUCAUUGUUUGACUUGUCCCUAUUCCUCUCCACUGGUUUGAAUAAUGUGAACAUGAGUCUCUGGGUUCUGUAUGACUGUAAUGUCUAUGGAAACACUUUAAAGAGACUAGUCUAUGGUGAAUGUAUGUAUGUAGCUGUUCACUUUUAUUGAUAUGAACCUUUUGGACUGUCAAAUGAGCAACGAUACAUUUGAAUCGCUCCUGUAUUUGUCUCCAAUGGACAUUGUUGUAUCUUGAAAAAAUUUGGUUUGAUGACGUCUCAAUAAAUAUUUUCUAACAAAG